AGCUUCCGGCCAGUCUUACGUCAUCACUCCGCGCCGCACACAGGGCCCGGCCGCCGCCAUGGUGCAGCUCGGCAGCCGCCUCCUCAAGGGCUACCGCGGCGGCCACGUUGUGAUCCGCUUGGCCCUGGGCGGCUGCACCAACCGGCCGUUCUACCGGCUCGUGGCCGCGCACAGCCGGCGCGCCCGCGACGGGAAGUACCUGGAGCAGUUGGGCUGCCUCGACCCCCUGCCCAACUCCCACGGCGAGAAGGUUGCGGGGCUCAACCUGGAGCGGCUGCGGCACUGGCUGGGCUGCGGCGCGCAGCUCUCCCGGCCCGCCGAGAAGCUCCUGGGCCUGGCGGGGUUCCUGCCGCUCCACCCCAUGACGGUGACCGGCGCCGAGCGGCUGCGGCGGCGGAGAGCGCUGGAGGCGGCGGCGCGGCCCGAGGAGGGCUCUGCUGCGGCCCGGGAUGGACAGUGAGAGACCCGGACCGAGGCCUGCGCCGACAGCGCCUCCCACUGCAUUAAAGUGUGAUUUGCACGCUCCGCUCUGCUGUGCUGCUCUCUCUGAACCCUGCUCACUCCUGCACAGCUGCGUGCAGGGUAAAAGGGGUUUUCCUGCUACCCUGUAGGUACAGAACCAUUCAUGGCUUUUCCUAAAGCUGCAUCAUCAGCUCUAGCACCACACUUUCUGCAGCAAUGGCACAAUUACUGCCAUUUAACCUGCUGCAUUCAAGUGUUUUGACUCCUGGUUACAACUGAUUAUUACAUGACAGCAACAAAUGGAAAUGGUUCUGUAGCUGCGUUUCUGUUUAAUUUCUCCAGAGAGUUUCUGGGCCUAUUUACUCAUUUACAAGCAGGUGGGAAAGAUUUCCAUCUUGGGUAAAGAGGGAGCAAGGUUUGCAUGAAGCAGGACACAGAUCUUACCACUUGCAUCACAUUUGAACCUACCUGAAACAAGAAAUCCACUGCGGUCUCUCCCACCUUAGAUGCACCUCUUGUUUUGUGGGGUUUCCUCUGGCGUGACUUUCACACUACAAAGGUCAGGCAGAGACAAGUUUUCAGUUGUGCACUGAGGUUUGCAGUGUAAUUGCCCUGACAGAGGCAGAAUAAAACACUGAAGAGAGGGAUUUGCUUGCUUUUAAUAACAUCAUGAUUUAGAGAAUGCCUUUAUUCCUGCUUAAAGAUAAGCUGCUUUAAAAACUCUCCUUUAGUGGUGAGGCUAUGAAAGGUGAUACUGCUUUUCUAAUACUCCCUCUCCCAUUCUUCCAUACAGCUGAUGUUGAGUCACAUUUUAUGCACAACAGUGACUACACUCUGGUACAGGGUUUCUAGCAAGUUCCUCUCUAGCUUACUCUGGACUUGUUUGCAUCUGUACUGUUCCUCCUACCAUAAUCUAAAGGUACCACACAACUUUCCUUUUUGGAGCUUUCUGCUUCCCACACAGGAAGGCGGAUGUGCAAGGUUUCUUUUGUGACAGCUUCCUAUUAAAAAGGAAAAAAGAAUGAAUCUGUUAUUAAAUAAAACAUCCCACAAUCAUACACAAGGCAGGAAAGGAGUUGUUUCAUGUCCUUUUGAAUCCUGAAGUGCUGUUGGGGUGCUCUGUAAUGCAAUAGGGUGAGGAACCAUUAUCAUCAGACACUACUGUUGCAAGACACAGUAAUAAUGCCAGGUAAAUGAAAGCAGUACCAAGAGGAGAGUCUGCUGGUGCUGAGGUUGUGCUUCCCACAGUGGGGUCUUUUCUCUUGCUCUGUCUGCUAAGUCCCCUGCAAGGUUCAGGGAUGUGUUACUGUAGGCACUGCACUAAAUACUCUCCCUACAGCAAGGGCUAGUGCAAAUGGAGCAAGAACUUUGCAGGUAGGAAGGAGCUACUGAACUUAGUCAGCUAUUACUGUCACCUUCCUCUGUUACCCCAGAAGACAUGGGCUAAAACACCCCUCCAACUGCACACAAGGAGUGAGCAUAAGCCAGAAGCAAGAGUAUCACUGGGCUGAUGCAAAGCAUGAAGAAAGCUACAGAUGAAGACUGAAUCUCUAGCAAAAUCUGUUAUUCUUUGUUCAAGAAAGGUAUCACUGGAUCCUAGAAAUGGCAAAAACAAGCAAGCAAGAGCCUUAUGUACAUGGCACAUACUGCACCAACCCCACUGCAGACUUCUCUCAAUCUGUAGACUGCACUUGAAUUCAUCUGAUUAACAUUAUUCACUGCCUUUCUCCUGCUCCUGAAUACUGGACCAUGCUGUUGCCUGUUAGAGCUCACAUAAAACUCCAUUAGGCACAAGCUGUAUACACCAAAAAUACUCAUUGUUGCACACAUUUACCAUUCUGCACAGGGAGAGAGCAAAUGCUCCAGUAGUCACUGAAUUCGCAAGAUGUUGUACUUAAUACAACCCACUGGGUGUUGUGUUAAUGGCAUCUAAAAGUCUCUCACUGUCUUUCAAUCUGAGGGAUGGACAACAUAUACAUUAAGGAAGCCACCUUUUACCAGAAGACAAACUCUUUUUAGUAAAUAAAAUGCAUCUCCUAUAGAGAA